ACCUAUCUAAAUAAGAGGAACAAGAGAGGAGAGAAAAAGAGGAAGAGAGGUCGCUCUUAGUUGGCGGUGGUGGGCAUGGCGACGGCGGCGGCUGCGGCGGCCUGUGCCGGGACUGGAAGCGGAGGUGGGGGAGUGUGGCGGCCAUUCUCAUCGCCAUCAGUGCCAUCUCGGGUGGUUUUGAGGGCUCCUCGAUCUUUUCCUCUGUUUGCCAGCAGCAGUGGCAGCAGCAGCAGUAGAGCAUGGCAAAGGAGCGUGCUGGCUAUGGUUGCAAAGUACAAAAAGGAUGGGAUCUCGAGCGGUGCAGUGGAUUGCGGCCUGGCAGAUCCCGCCGUGAGCGGCACCAGCGGCAGCGAUGGAGGCAAUGGCGCUGCUGCUCCGUCCCGUGCGACUGGCCUGGCGAGCUCGUUUCCUUCCAUUGCUCCCGGGAUCGACGUGGACAGCGUGAGCGAGGCCGAAUUGAAGGAGAAUGGCUUCCGCAGCACCCGACGCACCAAGCUCAUCUGCACGAUUGGGCCGGCGUCGUGUGGCUUUGAGCAGCUGGAAGCUCUGGCUAUGGCGGGAAUGAACGUGGCGCGGCUCAACAUGUGCCACGGCACGAGGGAGUGGCACCGCGGCGUCAUCAAGAGCGUCCGGCAGCUCAACGAGAUGAAGGGCUACUCGGUGGCGCUCAUGAUCGACACCGAAGGCAGCGAGAUCCAUAUGGGCGAUCUGGGUGGAGUCACGUCCCAAAAAGCCGAGGAUGGCGAGGAAUGGACAUUCUCGGUCCGGAAGUUCGAUGGAGCUCUUCCCGAGGGCACUCUCCAGGUGAACUACGAGGGAUUUGCCGAAGACGUGAUGGCUGGAGACGAGCUGGUUGUGGACGGAGGGAUGGUGAGAUUUGAGGUGGUGGACAAGAUUGGACCCGAUGUCAAGUGCCGCUGCAUCGAUCCCGGACUGCUGCUCCCUCGGGCCAACGUUACCUUUUGGAGGAAUGGCCGACUGGUUCGUGAGCGCAAUGCCAUGCUUCCCACCAUCUCUUCCAAGGACUGGCUGGACAUCGACUUUGGCAUCUCCGAGGGCGUGGAUUUCAUAGCAAUCUCCUUCGUCAAGACCGCGGACGUGAUCAAGCACCUCAAGAGCUACAUUGCGUCGAGGUCGACCAACAGGCAGAUCGGUGUGUUUGCCAAGAUCGAGAGCUGCGACUCCCUCAAGAACCUCGAGGACAUCAUCCGCGUGGCGGAUGGAGCCAUGGUUGCUCGUGGCGACCUGGGAGCGCAGAUACCGCUGGAGCAGGUCCCGUCGGUCCAGCGCGAGAUAGUGACCUUGUGCCGGCAGCUGAACAAGCCCGUCAUUGUGGCGUCGCAGCUCCUCGAGUCGAUGAUCGAGUACCCGACACCCACCAGGGCCGAGGUGGCGGACGUGUCCGAGGCUGUGCGCCAACGAGCUGACGCGCUGAUGCUGUCGGGGGAGUCGGCCAUGGGCCAGUUCCCACUCAAGGCCCUGAGCGUGCUCCGGACGGUGAGCCUGCGGAUCGAGCGGUGGUGCCGGGAGCAGAAGCGGCACGAGAUGAUGCGGCUGCGGGAGUUGUCUCCGCCAUCGUCAGACAGGCAGUCGGCGGAGCGGGUGUCGGAGCAGAUUUGCAACUCGGCGUCACACAUGGCCAACAAUCUGGGGGUGGACGCCAUCUUCGUCUACACCCGCGACGGUCACAUGGCGUCGCUGCUGUCGCGGUGCCGGCCCGACUGCCCCAUCUUCGCCUUCACUGACACGACGGCGGUGCGGCGGAGGCUCAACCUGCAGUGGGGGCUCAUCCCCUUCCGCCUCGACCUCUCCACGGACAUGGAGGUGAACAUCUUGCGCACCUUCUCGCUGCUCAAGGCCCGCGGCAUGAUGAACUCGGGCGACCUCGUCAUCGCCGUCUCCGACAUGCUGCAGUCGAUCCAGAUCCGGAAAAUCCCCUGAGAGGCUUUUUUUUGUUCUUUGAAAUCGUCGCGGCGCUUUUUGCUUCCCCGGUUUUGGAUUGCUCACAUACAUCACGCGAGCUUUUUGAGCGAGCUGGCUAGCUACGUUUUACUUUUCUGUCGCUCCCAGAGGAGAAGAUCACAAGAAUAAAUUUCCUUCCCUGUCA